AUGGCCGCGCGCCUCGUCCGUGGCUCCCUGCGCCUCCUGGGCGCCCGCCCCGCCUGGUGCCCGCCAGCCGCGAGGUGUUCUCAUUCCGGUGGGGAAGCACGUCUAGAAACUUCCUCUGCUAAAAGAUUUACGGAUAUAGGAAUUAGAAGAAUCUUCUCUUCAGAGCACGACAUUUUCAGGGAAAGUGUAAGGAAGUUUUUUCAAGAAGAAGUGGUUCCCUAUCAUGCAGAAUGGGAGAAAGCUGGAGAAGUGAGUCGGGAGCUUUGGGAAAAAGCUGGAAAGCAAGGACUGCUUGGCAUCACCAUCGCGGAGCGCCAUGGUGGUAUUGGUGGGGACCUGUUCUCCGCAGCCAUUGUGUGGGAGGAGCAAUCCUACACAAAUUGCUCAGGCCCAGGUUUUAGUCUUCAUUCAGAGAUUGUUAUGCCAUACAUUGCAAAUUACGGCUCAGAAGAGCAGAUUAAGCACUUCAUCCCCCAGAUGACUGCAGGCAAAUGUAUUGGCGCCAUAGCGAUGACCGAGCCUGGGGCUGGGAGUGACUUACAAGGAGUAAGAACAAAUGCAAAAAAAGAUGGAAGUGAUUGGAUUCUCAACGGAAGCAAGGUGUUCAUCACCAAUGGGUGGUUAAGUGAUGUUGUGAUUGUAGUGGCAGUCACAAACCGGGAAGCUCGAUCGCCUGCCCAUGGCAUUAGCCUUUUUCUGGUGGAAGAUGGGAUGAAAGGAUUUAUCAAGGGACGGAAGCUGCAUAAAAUGGGAUUAAAGGCCCAGGAUACUGCAGAACUAUUCUUUGAAGAUGUCCGAUUGCCUGCUAGUGCCCUACUUGGGGAAGAGAAUAAAGGCUUCUAUUACCUCAUGCAAGAGCUCCCUCAGGAAAGGUUGCUAAUUGCUGAUUUGGCAAUUUCCGCCUGUGAAUUCAUGUUUGAAGAAACCAGGAACUAUGUUAAACAAAGAAAAGCUUUUGGGAAAACAGUUGCACACAUACAGACUGUGCAGCAUAAGCUAGCCGAGUUAAAGACACACAUAUGUGUCACCAGAGCUUUCGUGGACAGCUGUCUGCAGCUGCAUGCAGUGAAGCGUCUGGACUCUGCCUCUGCCUCCAUGGCAAAAUACUGGGCAUCUGAGCUACAAAACAGCGUAGCCUACGACUGUGUACAGCUCCAUGGAGGCUGGGGGUACAUGUGGGAGUACCCCAUUGCAAAAGCUUAUGUGGAUGCCCGGGUUCAGCCAAUCUAUGGUGGUACCAAUGAAAUAAUGAGGGAACUGAUUGCGAGAGAUAUCGUCCGUGACUAGUAGACAUCUGCCCGCAUCCUGGAAUCCUAUUAUAGCUGAUCAGAUUCUAAAUCUACUCAAGACAAAGUGUAACCUGGACAAGAAGGAAACAUGGCCCGUGUUUUCAUGUGCUCUGUCUGCAGAGAGAAAAAAGUCAAACACAGUAAUGCAGUGCAUGGAGGAGUGUUUGAAUCCAAUAACUUAAACCCUCUCAUAAAAGGUUUAAUUUUUAAUUUUUUAUAUGAAAGUUAAAAAUUUCCUAACUCCAGAAGCCUUAACUUAAUUCUAAAAUUCUAAACUUAAAUUCUGAAUUUAAAUUUAUGUAAACCCUUACAAUUGAUGUAGAACUAAUUUUAUGUUGUCCGGCUAUAAAAAUAUUAGUAAUGUAGACCAUGGACUUAUAAAGGGGAAAUAAGUAUACUUUAGAAUGUGAAGUCACUCAGCUAUUUCUGUUGUGCUGGAAAUCCCAGAGGACACUGGUAGUACUUUGCUACUCUAACCCCGAUUUUUAAGCAGUGAAUGGAACCUAUUCUUCAAAAUACCACAUUGUAUGCUAUCAACAUAUGUAAUUAUUAUGUAUCAAUUAAAAAUAAAAUUUCUUAA